CGCUCUAACUUACACGUAACUUAGUUUGCAAAGUUACAUUGUGCACACACGCACUGUAAAGUUUCCUCUUCCUGCUGGACACUGCAGACGACAUAAACAGCGAUCAAGACCAACACGGUCACUCUAACGAUGUUUGAAAUAACGUUACAAUUCAAACACCCUUUAAAGCGUUUGAAAUAUUUGAAAUGUGUUUUAAUCAAACACAAAUGCAUCUACAGGCCUAUUACUGACCCAAGACCUUUGCACAGAUAAGCUAAGUUGUGGUUGCGAAAUCGGCAUUUCAUCAUAAAACAUAAACCUCAGACUGGCCUAAGGGGCCUGAAUGGUGGUUACAGCAGGAGCCGAACCUGACAAGAAAACCACUGGUAUACCCUGUUGUUCAAUUGGUGAAUGAAGAAAACCCUCCAGGAACCAGGAUGUUGUCUUUGGCCACAUUAGGCCAAGCUGGAGCCAGACGAGUUCUGACCACUAAUCGAGGGAGAUUUAUGAGUGAUGGCAAUUACAGGCUUACCUGUUUGCCAGAGUUUGUCUCCAGGACCAGAAACAUGGGCCAGUCGUUAUCCUGCUCCUGUUCCUUAAAGCAUUACAGAUGCUUUAGUGCAACAUCUGCUUCAUCAUCACCUACAGCCAAUCGGAAAACACCGUCCUACAGUUAUGUCAUUGUUGGAGCGGGGUCAGCGGGCUGCGUUCUUGCCAACCGCCUCAGCGAGGAUGCCCAUGAGUCUGUGCUGCUGCUGGAGGCUGGACCUAAGGACAGGUUGCUAGGCAGCAUACGACUGUCAUGGAAGAUCCACAUGCCUGCUGCGCUGACCUACAACCUCUGUGAUGACAAGUAUAACUGGUACUACCACACUUUACCUCAGACUCACAUGGACAACCGGGUGAUGUACUGGCCGAGGGGCCGUGUCUGGGGCGGCUCCUCUUCCCUCAACGCCAUGGUGUACAUCCGCGGACACGCUGAAGACUACAACCGCUGGCAGAGAGAGGGGGCCGAGGGCUGGGAUUAUGAACACUGUUUGCCUUACUUCAAGAAGGCUCAGCAUCAUGAGCUGGGAGAAAACAGGUACCGGGGAGGGAGUGGACCUCUUCAUGUGUCUAGAGGGAAGACCAACCAUCCCCUUCACAGGGCUUUUAUUGAGGCGGGACAGCAGGCAGGAUACCCCUUCACUGAUGACAUGAACGGAUACCAACAGGAGGGCCUGGGCUGGAUGGACAUGACCAUUUAUGAAGGAAAAAGGUGGAGCACAGCCAGUGCCUACCUGAGACCCGUCCUGGGUCGACCCAACCUGAAGGCCGAGGUGCGCUGUCUGACCACCAAGAUUCUGUUUGAUGGCAACCGCGCCGUGGGAGUGGAAUACACACAGAGUGGACAAAAGAAAAGGGUGUUUGCAGAUAAAGAGGUGAUAUUGAGCGGAGGAUCCAUCAACUCCCCUCAGCUUCUCAUGCUGUCUGGUGUGGGAAACGCAGAUGACCUGAAACAACUCGACAUCCCUGUGGUUCAGCACUUACCAGGUGUUGGCAGUAACCUGCAGGAUCAUUUGGAGCUGUACGUCCAGCAGCAGUGCACUCAGCCCAUCACCCUUUUCAAGGCUCAGAAACCUUUCCAAAUGGUCAAGAUAGGCCUGGAGUGGCUCACUCGGUUUACUGGUUACGGAGCAACAGCCCAUAUGGAGAGUGGAGGGUUCAUACGCAGUCGACCACACGUCACACAUCCAGACAUCCAGUUUCACUUCCUGCCCUCACAGGUUAUCGACCACGGACGAGUUGCCUCCAAGCUAGAAGCGUAUCAGGUUCAUGUUGGACCAAUGAGAAGCACAAGUAUCGGCUGGAUAAAGCUGAAGAGCGCCAACCCUUCCGAGCACCCAGUUGUGCAGCCAAACUAUCUCUCCACUGAUAUUGAUGUGUGGGAGUUCAGGGAGUGUGUCAAACUCUCCAGAGAGAUAUUUGCCCAGAAGGCUUUCAAUCCUUUCCGUGGUCCCGAAGUCCUGCCCGGUCCUCAGGUCCAAUCUGAUGCCGACAUUGACGCUUUUGUCCGCCGGAAAGCUGAUAGUGCCUACCACCCGUCCUGCACCUGCAAGAUGGGCUCGCCAAAUGACCCGAUGGCGGUCGUUGACCCCAACACGCGUGUCCUGGGUCUGGAGCGGCUGCGUGUGGUUGACGCCUCCAUCAUGCCCAGCAUCGUCAGCGGCAACCUCAACGGGCCAACCAUCAUGAUGGCAGAGAAGGCUGCUGACAUCAUCAGAGGUCGCCCUCCUCUUGUCGACCCAGGGGUUCCCGUGUACCGACCGCCAACACUCGACACGCAGAGAUGAACAGCGUUAAUGAGAGGAAUAACGGCAGACACCAUUUAGGACCCGAUUAAAGGGUACGUGUUGGUCAGGAAGCGUUCACAGCAUAAUCAGUCAUUACGCACCAACAGCUGAUCAUUUUGCCCUUGGUCUGAUAUUGUAAAUUUAAAAAUUUGAGCGUGUUGUGUUGUUAACUCAACUGAUUUGCACACAAUAUAUUAUAUCAGUGUUAGAUGUGUAGAAAGCGCAACCUAAAUUCAAGGCCAUAUUUUUGCUGCUUUACCUCCUAAGCCACAACCUCCCAUAUAUAAAAGAAUGGUUUCCUCCGCUCUGCAGUUAGUGAGAUUUCAAUGACUAAAACCAACCUUUUGUUCAGGUUAACUGGGUUGUCUCCUCACACUGUAGCAGAGUGUGUGUGUGUGUGUGUGUGUGUGUGUGUGUGUGCCUCCUUCUCAUUAACACUAACAAUGCUUCUAUAACAUUUCAACCACACUCUAUUAUCCUGAGAUUAUCGACUCUGAGGUUCAAGUGAAAUUCCACAGAGCAUAAUGCUUUUUAAAAGGAAGAUUUGACACCCGUCACCACCACAAUUUUGCAAUUGCUUUUGCCCCUAUUCAUUUUGACUAGAAAAUUUUUUUUAACACCACCACAGCCCGUCCUAGAUUGUGUUUCUUCAUCAGAUAUUCAGCAGCCAAAGUUAUGAGUGAUCAUUGCUCUUGUUGUCUGACUGAUGAUAAGCAAACUGGGUGUCAUGCAGUUUGUUUUGUCUGUUAAGAUCAGUUGUCACCCAGGUUACGUUCUUCUUCCUUCCUGAAAAGUUGCAGAUUAAACAGUUUGACAAAAUAUUGGUUUGGUAUGUUGCACGCAUUUUAAAUCAGCGAGGAAAAAUAAAAAAGAGCAUGUUCAAUUCCACUUGUAGUAAAUAGAAAAGAAUCAUUUAGCCUCUUCUCAUAAAACACAGUUUGUUGGAGCCAGAUCUCCAGGCUGACAUAAAUACGCUUGUAAAUUCCAGAUGCCGUCAUCUCAAGUUGAUACACUAGGAUUAUUUUAACGUUUUUGAAAGAACUGCUUUGGGUCCAGAAUUGAAUUUUAUUUGCUCUGAUCAAGAUUAAAACUAAUAGGUCCUGGUCUUGGAAAAUACUCUUCACUGGCAGUUUAGUAGAAAUCUGGAAGGGGUUUGCCCAAAAAUCUGGUAGUAUGAAUUCGAAUUUGGUUCCGUACCCGGGUUAAAACCAGUCACUUUAACUGUGGUAGGAUCUGUCUGCAGUGAGACUGCAAUCUUCACUCCCACAGGAAGAAAAUUAAUGUGCUAUGUGGUGAAACCAUUAUUUGUUGCAUUGUUGUCAAGACAACAGUAGGGAUAAAAUCCCCCACAGAUAUGAGCAGAGAAACAUGUACAAGCCUGUUCUCCCUAGGAAAGGUACCCUUACUGCUGCUGUUCUAUCAAGUAUCAGUUCACAGCUUUCAGUUUCCAAAUCAAAUCUGGGUAUUAUAGACUAGGGCUGCAACUAAUAACUAUUUUCGUAGUCGACUAAUCUGUUAAUUAUUUAUUUGAUUACUCGACUAGUCACAAUUAUUUUUGUCACCCCCUAACCCUAAUUAAACCAUUUAACUAACUAAUUAAAUAUCUUUCAAGUGAAUUACUGAUCUCUAACACACGGCCUAACUAGCUAAUGUUACCAUUAAGUGAACAAGGUUUACUAUUCAGAAUGAACACCAGUGUCAGCGCCAGGGGGAAAAUAGGGAGGAAGACAAGAUGAUACUCCUGUAAUUCACUGAUAACUAAACUGAAAAAGGGCGUUCUCUUAACCAGCAUCAUCCACACGACCUCAAAACCAAGAAUGCAAAGAAUUAUGGAGAGGCUGCUCAAAGGCCUGUCCAGGGUGUACCUACCUGAAGUCAGCAGACACCAUUUAGGACCCGAGUAAAGGGUACAUGUUGGUCAGGAAGCGUUCACAGCAUAAUGAGGAGACUUUUUUGUAGGCUACAUCACCAGCCAGAUGUUCCUUGAUUUACUUUAAAAUGUUAAACCAAUACUCAGAUUGUAACGACAGCGGUACAAAAUAAUAUUUCUUGUCUCAAGUUCUUGUCUCAAAACCUCUCAAAAGUGUAUUUAGUGAUUAAAUAACAUACAAAACUUGUAAAAACAAAAACCUGAUCUAUUUCUCCAUUGCUUCCCGCUUCUCGCAUGAAUGCUUCUUUUUCGUCAGUAGUCUUACAGUCAAGCAGUCAUGGCAGACAGUGGAAGCUGCCCCCAGCACUUCCUGUAGUGCAAUGCAGUUAGAAAUGAACAACCAGAAAUGUUCUUAAUAAGAAGAUUGCUGUCUCGCCCUUAAACGGCAUGUUUGUAAUGACGCGUCGACAAUUAAAUUUCACAUCGACGAAUUUUUAUAAUCAACAUCGUCGAUUACGGUGACUAAUCGUUGUAGCUCUAAUAUAGACCUUGUGUUAAACUACUCUUUAUAUAAAAUAUACUCUAAAAACUAAACUACACUAAAACUAACACAUUUUCAGUGUAUAUCAUAUUUCUCUAAAUGUAUUGUGGAUAUUUACAGAGAAGCUUUUGAAGAUGACUGUGAUAACUCAUCAGAGGCUGUUGGUGCCUGUAAGAUCCUUACGUUCUGAUAUCAAUGUGAAUUACUGUAUAUACAGUAUGUGACUGAUGAUGUGAUUUGGUCUGGCUAGGACUGAUGUGUGGUGUUUAGAUUUUAGAAUUAGCUUCACUGUAAAUCUUUCUCAAAUCCAUAUAUGAAGUGUUGAUUUAGAUUAAAUUCACAUUGAGCUCUAAUGGAAACAGCUAGGUGUUAGAAUGAACUAUAAUUUGCACUAUGCUAUUAAGUAUGAUAAUUAUUGUUUACAUUGCAUUGUUGUACAAUAUUACUUUAAAGUUUAAAUCAUGAUACGUGCAUAGCAAAGGGAAAAUUGUUGUGAAAAUCUUUACAACAUAAACUGUGUGUGUGUUUUUUUCUUGAUUGUAAACAAACACUUCAAACUGUCCAGUCCAUGUCCGUGUGACUUUAUUCAGUGAACCAUACAAAAUUCCUCAGCAGGUUCAUUUCAGGCAAUAAUUCAAAUGUACAAAACAGGGUUCUUGUUUGGUACAAAAUCUAUAAGGUACUAGUACUGAUGCUACAAAGUAGAUAGAGCUAUAUUUUUAAAUUUCUAAACAACAAAUGGAUAGAAAGCAGAAAUUUUCAAGUUAAUCACUUACUUUUUACAAACACUGUACAGAUUGUAUAUGUUGUUGUCAUUCCAUAGACAUCUGUAAAGCAGUGGAACAGUACAAAAAUAAAAUAAAGCUGUCAGUUGCACAACAAA